AUGAGCGACAAACGAAGCUUCGUCGGCGUGUGCAGCGCGACGAGUGGGUGCGUGCUCCAUGCCAACCACGCCGGCGAGUGCCGUGUCGCAGAGAUGUCCGAGGAGGAGUACGAGGUCGAGGCGUUGCUCAAGGAGCGGCGCGUGGGCAAGCGGAGCCAGUUCCUGGUCAAGUGGCAAGACUGGCCAGAGGAGGACAACACUUGGGAGUGGGAGUCGUCGCUCUCCAACUGCAAGCAGAAGGUGCGUGAGUACCGGGCAUCGGCCGCCGCGGCAAAGCCCCCGCCAGAGGCGCCGCCGAAGAAGAAGCGCCAUGCAGGAGCCGUGCCGGCAAAGGCAAAAGCGGACGCCAAGCGGCCGAAGCGCAGGGACACGCCCGCGAUCGAGGCGGCGCCCGAGCCGGCGUCAAAGGCGUCAGCGCCACAGAGCAGAGGUGGCAGGGCGACGCCCGAGCCCGCGGCCGCCCAGGCGGCGAGCACGGCAUCGUCUGCGGCGACAUCCGCCGCCGAGCUGACCACUCCAGAGGCUGUGGACGGGUCGCCGAGCUCCGAGCAGGCGGAGCAGGGAGAGAGAGCUUCCGAGACGGAGGAGGAGGAAGCGGGCGCUGCAACUUACGUCCCUUCCACCUUCGGCAUGUCUGGUCUCGCGAGCAGGCUUCUCGACGCGGCGCUCGAGGAUGGGGACAUGCGCGGCCCGCUGAGCGGCAUGUUCCCCGUUCAUCUCCCUGUCCCUUCUUUUGCCGACGCCCUCGCGCCGCUGAGCGACAAGCUUCCAAAGGUCGAGCCGAGCAAGGGCCAACUCGCAAAAAUGGCGUGGAAGAAGGCCGGCAGCAUCCAGGCGCAGUUUCCGUUUCUGACGCGCGACGAGUGCGCGGCGAUCGUUCUGUACACGAUGGAGGACAUGCCGCGCGAGCGGUCUCCCUACUACGUCAUGAAUGCCGCGCUGCGGGAGCAGAACCGGCAGGCGGUGAGGCCGUGGCGAGACUUUGUGUGGCUGCUGCUGCACGCGCUGCGCAAGCUGCCGCCGAGCAAGGCGCGAAUGGUCUACCGUGGCAUGGCCGGGUCAGAGCUUGCCGCGGGAGCCGAGCUCCAGUGGUCGGCCUUCUCCAGCACGGCGACAAAGGUUGACGUGAUGGAGGUUUUCCUGGCCACCUCGGGACAACGCACCAUGAUCCACCUGGAGCUCACCGAGCCGGUCGGCCGCGACGUCUCUGCCUUCUCCCUCUACCCGCAAGAGUGCGAGGUGCUGCUCCCACCCAAUGUCUGCUUUGAGGUCGUCUCGUGCUACAAGGCCGGCAGCGGGCUCGUGAUCGUGCAGUGCAAGCAGACGGAGAGCCUCGACGCGCUGCUCGACUUUGGCCGCAGAGGGGAUGAGCGCGACGUGAGCCGGCUGAUCGAGCUCGGAGCUGAAACGCGUGAGCGAGCAAUCGAGUUGCUUGAGCGAUACGGCUCGCUGCAAGCGGCUGCGAACGCGUUGUGCGCGGCUGCGGACACCUCCAUUCCUUCGGAGUCGUUCUUCGGAGGCUGGACGGUCCCUCAGGGAUAG